CACAGAUCCACAGAAAGAGCCAAAGAUGUCGGCUCAGUCAUAUGAUCAGUUGUGUCCAAUCAGAGCUGAUCACAUGUACACUGAUCAUCAGAGCACUGAUGAUCAGUGUACCCUGAUGAUCAGUGUAGCCCCAGCAGUGCCGCCUGUCAGUCUCCAUCAGUGCCAACGCUCAUCAGUGCCACAUCAAUGUCACAUACAGUAUCAGUGCCUACCAGUGCACAUCAAUGCCACAUAUCAGUGCCCAUCUGAGCUGCCUUUCAGUGUCACCCAUCAGUGCCAGUCAGUGCCACCUAUCAAUGCCAAUCAGUGCCACCUAUCAGUGCUGCCUAUCAGUGCCACCUAUCAGUGCCCGUAAGUGCCACCUAUCAGUGCCACCUAUCAGUGCCAUAUAUCAGUG